AUAGAUUAAAUAAACAGGUUCGAGCUGAAACUAGUUUCCUCAUAAGGAAACAACUGCGUAAUAAGUAUCUCAGAGACCACUGUGUGUGAUAGACACAUUUCGGAAUUACAGGAACAAUACGGAAAGAAGGUUAAUGUGCUGUUAGAAAGACUCAUUGUGCUGUCACUCAUAUUCCCUCCUUGUACCAAGCAGGUGGUUGUGUCAUCAUGGAAUAUCUUCGACGUUUUAGAGCAAGAGUCGAGCAGAUUUUUCAGACAAUUCUUCAAGGAUUUUUUGUGCAAAGAGAGGGCGUCACAGAAGAAAGGCUCGACAGAAUCCUGCAACAAGUUCCUGAUAACAUAUCAAAAGAAGUUGCCAGAGAAGUCUUGAACAUUUGUCAAGAACAAGCCAACAAAUCAGUCCGGGAAAAUAGCGAAGCGUAUGCAGCAGUCUCCUUUGUUACAGGCGACAAAACACAGCAGCACGUUGAUGCCAUUGCUUCAACGACGGAUGCAAGACCAGACAACGGUUCUGCAUGGGAUGGAGAAUCAAGUAUCUUUGUGACUGAUGGAGGCGACCUUUCUUGCCAGCGUGUGUAUAAUGUCCUGAUCGAGGCCCUACCACUCACAGAACAGAGACUACGAAACCUGACUGGCGGUGUUCUGCGCAAGGCUGAACAUGAUGGGAUAUCAAGCAUCGCCUUUCAGCCCACUGGAUAUGGCAUGGAUUCUUUACCAAAGGCCGUGUUGGCUAAAGCCAUCCUAGAUACGGCCUUGAAUUACGCAUGUGAUUCACUUGACGAAAUAGUGGUGUGUGCGGACAAAGGCGAGGUGGAUACGGUCAAGGCAUUUACAGCUGAGAUUGACAAGCGCCCACAACUUGGGAAAGGCAAAGAACUCGGAUCUACAUUCUCUGUGACUGUUGUCAAAGGAGACAUUGUCCACCAGGAUGUUGAUGUGAUUGUUAAUUCGACUUCCUCGAGCCUCAAUUUGGCAAGUGGGCAACUGUCUUCAGCAAUAUAUAACGCUGCUGGAGACAGCAUACAAGAAGAGUGCAGGGUCAAGUAUCCCACAGGUGUUACGACGGAAGAGAUAGCAGAGACUUCAGGAGGUCGUCUACCGAGCGGGAGAAUAUACCACACUUCUCUAGGAUUCUGGUCAGAGCAGAAUUACAGAGCAUUUUUUAUAAAAUGUCUGACCAAGGCCUCGAGCUCGAAACUGAAGAGCAUCGCUUUCCCUUUAAUUGGGACAGGGAUGUUGGCAUACCCAUGUGAUGAAGUGGCAAAAUGUAUCUUCAAGAGCUUUGAUCAAUUCAAAACAGGCAACCCUGACACCUCCCUGUGUGAGGCACGAAUUGUUGUGUAUCCAGAAGACGAGGCGAAUUUAAAGAUCUUUGAGGGUGCCACGCCCACAGAAGCAGCUGCAGAUGUGCGUCCAGUAUAUUCCACAACAAGCGAAUUAACGUUACAGACAGCUGUGGGCAUGGCUGGGCACAUCCCGCUGCCUGCACACUGGAGUCCAAUGACUGAGGAACAGUUUGUGAGCGAAGUACAGCUUAAACCUGAAGAUAAAGAAUACAAGUUGGUGGCUAGACAAUUCAAUACAGGCGUUGACAAUGAAUACACCAUUGUCGAGAUCAAGAGAAUCCAGAACCGCACACUGUAUCUCCAGUAUGUGAUGUUCCUGCACCAGAUGGAGACACAGAACCCGGGUAUGGAUGUUGAGAGACACCUAUGGCACGGAACAAAGGGAGAUGUUGUGACCAGUAUCAAUCUUCAUGGUUUCAGUCGCAGCUAUGUAACAGUCCAUCGCUUUGGAAAGGGAACUUAUUUUGCUGUCAACACCAGCUACUCUGCUCGUGACCUGUACUCUCCUCCAAAUGAAGAUGGUACCAAGCACGUCUAUUACGCAUCUGUCCUCACUGGACACUUCACUAAAGGAAAAGUAGACAUGGUAGCUCCCCCGUCUCGAGGCCUCAAAGACCCAAAUGUCCUGUACGACAGUUUGGUUGACAACGUGGAUAAUCCCAGUAUGUUCGUGGUGUUCAACGACGUCCAGGCCUAUCCCAAGUACCUCAUCACUUUUCGGGAGUGAAGAAGAAUAGGGAAACAGUGUGAAGAAUUUGACCAUCUGUUAUUUGAAUUUGUGUCUACAUACAUAACCAUUACACUCUAACCAAAUGUAUUUACUUAGCUGAUUAUCAAUACACUGCAACUGGUUUGCACUUCCGUUUGGAAUGUUUUGGUUUUAGAGGUGUUAGUAACUUGACAUGCAUCAUAAAAAGUAUUGAUAAUAAAAACAUAGUUAUAACCUUAAUUCUCACAAACCAAUGAUAGAUAUGAUCGAUUGCCCCAGAUUCAACGACACGCAAUCAACCAUGUCACCUAGCCUGAACACCCGAUCCAUUUGGCCAGUUCGAACAGCAAGCUCCGGGGAUAUAUUCUCCACUGCAAUACGGUGAUUCCAGCUGUUAAUGUGUAUGUCAUAGGUACAUAUAUGAUUAUGCUCUACAUAUUUGAAUAUAGUUUAUGGGAUUAUGUUAACAUGAACCAUGCUUCAUUCAGACUGUUUGACAAUUAACAUCAUCAUGAUUAGUAUACAGCAUACAGUUGCGAAAUUACACACAGAUUUUAACAACAAUGAAAUAUCCAGGAAGGCAUCUAGUUACUCGUUAACUAACAAUUUUCAUAUUGUCUUGGGUUGACCACAAGGACGAUGUUGAUUAGCUUAUGAAUAUUUGCUUGAAACAGACGAGGUUUUUUGGAUGGGUUUCUUAUAACACAGUAUCAAAUCUGAAAUAUGAUUGAUUUAUUGCAUGUUGUUUUGCACUGAUCUGUAAAAUAAGUUGUGAACAAUAAGUUCCAAAUAAUUACUUUGUAGGUUUUUUAUAUGGAUAGAAAACUGUGAAUAUGUUCUUUUACUCUUAUCCAUUUGGUUUGCUUCACAUUGUGAUAAUUACCGUAAUGAUUUAAUGUCCAUAUUAACAGAUUUUACAGAUGUGUAGUUUGUUCUGCUUGUUGUAUGGCUAUAGUAUUGUCGAUUGAAUAUGGAAUUUUCACAUAUUUUUGCACUGAUCUGUAAAAUAAGUUCUAAAUAAUUACUUGCUAGGUUUUCAAUAUGGAUAGAAAACCGUGAAUAUGUUCUUUUACUCUUAUCCAUUUGGUUUGCUUCACAUUGUGAUAAUUACCGUAAUGAUUUAAUGUCCAUAUUAACAGAUUUUACAGAUGUGUAGUUUGUUCUGCUUGUUGUAUGGUUAUGGUAUUGUCGAUUGAAUAUGGAAUUUUCACAUAUUCAUGUAGCAAUAUGACAUACUAACUGACCAACUGCGUCUGAAGUUUGACCCACUCAAUACUGCUAUGAGGAAAGCGUCUUUGAAAGAAGAUUAAACCAGAUCAUCUUCUUAUGACGAAAAAGCAAAGGUAUAUCCCGCUCCUGAUAACUUAGAUAAUGUAAACAUAUUAGAACAAAUGCAUAUACAACAACCAACAAUGUUCAAGAUUGUCUGGGCAGCUUUAAAGCAUAUUACAGAACCUCGAUCAUGCAUUUGGACUUUCAGCUUACCGCUCAUAUACAUGUACCCUUUUAAGAGAUUAAAGUAUGAGAAAAGUAAACAAAGUAUGACUAUAUUAUGUUGUUCUGAAAAUCUAGAAUUUGUUGUGAUAAUUUACUUACUGGAACUUUCGGUUCCAGUUUAAUAUGUAGUAACAUUCCAACGCCGGAUGUAAAGGACAUAGAUGUCAAACUUUCUUUUUAUUGUGAGGUUUCUUCAUAAUUUAGGCUGCAAAACGCAUGUAUAUGAGUAUGUGCUUAUGGUUGGAUACAACGAUACGUUAUUGAUAGUAUAUCGAGAGGUAAAUAUAUACUGGGUUUUGUUUUAGUUUUAGAAGUACAUCAUUGGAAUUAUAAAGUUAGAUAUCUUGUGUUUGUCUUAAAGUCUUGUAGUUUAUGGCAAAUGUGGUGGAAUAAACAAUUACUGAUAUAGUUUGUGUAUGUCCAAACACAUAUGUUUGUUUCAAAGGAUAUUCAUGUUGGCCUAGUUGAGUGUAAUAUUUAGAUAUCCUUGUUGACAUGCUUAUUUUCAACAAUCAGCUUGCAAUUUUCACCUAGACGAUUAAGAUGUACCCUAACUUUAGAAGCGGGAAUAAAUUGAAGUUUUUUUGUUCACUUUAAUAUGCUCCUGGGCAAUUUAAACAUAAGAAAACAGUAGUAAACAGCAUACGUGUAUUGCAAUGUCAUUACCACAGUAAAUUACAGUCAUGGUAUUAAUAUCAACAAUUCGUCUCUUGUAUUGGAGCUAUAACUGAUAGGCGAUCACAUCAACAACCUGGUGCAUGCAUAAAACAUGCAAAGCUAUCUGAUAAUGCUCUCUGUUAACAUUAUCUCUACCCCGAGAACAAAUGUGUGUUAUCGCGCUGUCCCAUUUAGAAAAUUCACCGGGGCAACUGGGAAACCAAAUCAAUGGGAGACCAAAGUUCAGACACUGUUAUGAAACAUAUAUGAAUUUCGGGGAAGGGGACUACCUGGGACAUACUUGAAAUACCUGUAACUCUUGAAAUGAAUGCGACCGACGGUCCGGUCCCUAGCCAGAAAUUUGACUCAUAUGAAUGCGACUCCCCCCACCCCCAACACCCAGUGGAAUUAUUUACAUACUGGCAACUCUUGACCCCAGCAGUAGCAAUUCACAGAAUGACUAUAAUGUUUGAAUGACAUUGUUGUAUAUUUGUUACAAAUGCUGCUCAAUAAACAGUGAUAUGGAAUACA